GACGUUGUUAGAGACGAGCCUUUCCUGGAGAAGAAGCUGCGUCUGGGCUCUCAGAUGGCGAUCGUGGCCUGUAAGAUCGCCAAGCUGAGGGACGCAAACAGGAGCCCGAGUCCAGACUCCCCCCUCCGCUCGGUGGACCUCCACACCCCCAUGAGCUGAGGGAAUAUCCUUUCCUCGCGUUCCCCCCUACUCCUCCUCCCAGAGACGGACCGUCCUGCAUCCCGGUGAUGAAGCGUGGUGGAGCAGGCAAGAAGGCAGCGAAGAGAAAGCUCCAGCCAAGGAAUACAUCAGAGGACCUUGGGACGGUUGAGAUGAUCCGGCCCGACCAGCGUCCUUCCCGGGUGAGGGUUAGUCACACAACGGCCCCCCCCAGUAGGACCCCGGCGGUGGCCCCCAAGGCUCCAGCACCUCCAUCCAAUGCCGCCCGCCCAACCGGAAAAGGACCGCGGCGUGGGACAAAGCUCCGCGUGAGGGCUGUCGCGGCUGAAGAAGACCUCCAGCCCUUCACCAAACCUGGAGAGAAACUGUCCCUCUGCUUCACAGAGCUGUCCUCUGACGACUGGGAGAAGAAACUGGACGCUCUGAAGAUGGUUCGAGCUCUGGUGCAACACCACCCGGCGUUACUGCAGACCAAACUGCACGAAGUCUGCCUGGUCCUCGCAGAAGAGGUGAAUAACUUGCGCUCUGGCGUGGCCUGUGCUGCGAUGGCCACCGUAGCAAAGCUCCACGUUCACCUGGGGAGGGCCAUGGACCCUGAGGCCGAGUGGAUGGGCCCCGUCCUGCUGCUGAAGUUCGCCCAGACCACCAACGCCUUCAUUCUGGAUCAGGCUCACCUGGCCCUGGACGCCCUGGUGGAGGCCUGCAGCCCCGGGAGAAUCCUGCCCGCUCUCCUCAACACAGGGCUCAGGCACCGUAGUGCUGCAGUGAGGGGGUGCACGGCCCAGCACCUCCACCAGAUGGCAGACCUCAUGGGGGGGGACCAGGUCUUCGCAGCAGGGAAGAUCUUCGCUGAGCGGGUCCUCACUGCUGUCAGCAAGAUGGCGGUGGACGCUGCACCGGGAGUCAGGCACCAUGGACAGAUGAUGCUCCAGGGACUCGCCCCCCAGACGGACUUCAUGGCCAUGUGGGAAAAGAUCGUCCCGGCCAAAGACAGAGGUCCCUUGCAGAAGAUCCUGAGGAACCUUCGGUAGGAGAAGCGGAGGCGGAGGAGAGACCGGAGGACGUCUGGACAACAUCUGGACCACAUAGGCUGGUAUGGAGGUGCAGGGGUGAGCUCUGUUACCUCACAGGUAGAAGGUUUGGAGGAAGAACCUGGCAACCAGCCGGGCCUUUCUGGGUGGAGGGUCCCCCCGUGCCGGGAUGGCCGGGGGCCCACAUCUGCAGAUUAGGUUAACUGGAGACUCUAAAUCAGAGGUUCUCAAUCUUUUUUUAAGCCAAGGACAAAUCAAGAGAAAAAGGGCUAAGAUGAAAUUAAUUAACAAUUAAUUUACAAACAUUGGUGAUGAUAGGUACUAUAGGUGAGGUGGUCGCCAUGGCAGCCAUCCACAGAUACAGUUAAGGAUUCACAUGGCCUUCCACAUGUAUGUUAACAUCAUACGUGGUGUAGAAAUAACAUGAAUAUCCAUCCAUCCAGCCCAGUUUAAUACGUAGCUCAGUUUCAUACAGUAGAUGUAGUAGGGUGACCCUGCUCCAUCUCUCUUCAGCUAAGAGGUCCUUGGUCUAAAAACACAUUGGGGACCCUGGUCUACGGUACAUGGGCCGGUCUGUGAUAGACCGGCGACUUUUCCAAAAUGUACCCUGGACAAGUCCUCAGUUCAUCACAGGGCUUAAAGUUAACUGGGAUAAGCCACAGUAGUCAUAAUAAUAAUAAUAAUAAACAUACUAUAUAUUUAAUACCACUUAAAGUAUUUUACAUUUGUUCCUGUCAUUAGUUAAGGGUCUUGAUUGGGGUUUAACAUACUGCUCAUUCAAGCAGCUGUCAGUUUUGUUUUUUUCGGGGGGGGGGGGGGGGUGUCAUGACUUCGGCAUCAUGACUUGGUGUUGCCGGUGUUUGGUGUUGCUCUAACCAAUAUCUCUUUGUCCCGAGUCUCCUGAACGCAUCACAGCUGAUCCUCCACUACACACACCUGCUGUCCCCUGCAGUCUGCACACCUGGUCCUGAUCUCCACCCGGAUCUCCACCUCUGGAUCUCCACCUCUGGAUCUCCACCUAAGCCAUAACCUGACGUCCGUUCCCUGCCGGAUCGUUAUGUUCCAUCAGGAUGGAAAUCAUUCCUGCUCAGCCAUCAACUGGAUUCUCCCUUAGAUAUGCUGUAGUAGUUUUAUCCUGCCACGUCCUGCUGUGUCCUGCUACGUCCUGCUACGUCCUGGUGUGUCCUGCUACCGUCUGCACGUCCUGCUGGUUCCUGCUGUGUCCUGCACGUCCUGCGUGCCUGCUACGUCCUGCUACGUCUGCGUGUCCUGCUACGUCCUGCUACGUCUGCUGUGUCCUGCUACGUCCUGCUGUGUCUGUACGUCCUGCA